AUGCAUACUUAUGGCUGUAUGGCAUCGACACAUCCAGCAGAAUUUCGAAAGGCAUGUGUUGUGCAGAUGGCUUGUCAAAUGAUCAACCUAAUACCUAUGACAGAUUUAGGAUUUCGUGGGAGCUCGAUUGAUGGAUCGAUGAACGUUGAACAUCCAGCCGCUAUGACCGACUGGUCGAAAUUGUCGAGCAGCAUUUUCUCCCAAGGAUCCGACGCUUUUUCAGAGGCUAAACAACGAGUCCUUUUGCUGAUGUCGGUAAACGCAUACCUCAGCAGCCAAGCCAUUUCUCAGAACGAUCUAGACCCGCAGAACAUAGACUGGUCUAAAGUAUCGAGCAAUGUUGCCUCCCGUGUGUCUGAUGCUCUGGCAGAGGCCAGACAACUGGCAAAUCAGGCUGCGGCUCAAAGAGACAUAGACAUACAGAACGUUGACCAGUCCAAAUUGCUGGGCAAUAUUGUAUCCAGUGUGACCGAUGUUCUGACAGCUCGAUACGCCCGUGUCAGCGAUCAGAACAUGUCAGCAAAAGAUCUAGGCCUGAAAAACAUCGACUGGUCUAAAGUAUUGGACAACGUUCUCUCCCAUGCUUCUAGUGCGCUGGCAACAGCAGGACGACUGGUUGAUCAGGUAUUCAUAUACCACAACUGGCGCUCUGCUAUGGCAAUUAUGUCUCAGCAAUACCAGGAGAAACUACGUCCCUUUAUUGGAGUAAUCUUCACAAUCAGGCACCCAUAUGAAUCAGCUGGAGUCUUGCUGGUCAUCUCUGCGUUUGGAGAUCAUGCGAUCUUUCUGGCAUUAUUGCAGUUGACGGGAACAACUGCAAUGUUUUUGUGUUUUCUCCCGGCACGGUUGAUUAUCUCGUGUUUGGGCUUUGGGAGUCGAGGAGUAGAAAAAGGUUCAUUUGCAUCGCAAUAUCAGUCCCGUCAUUACGGUGGUAAUGUGCCGCGAGGCUCUGGAUUCGCGAAACUCCAAUCAUAUGGGUCCGUCAUGCCGACAGUCACCUCGACACUUAUCUCAUUGUUGGCAUAUACUGGAGCUGUGAUUAUCUUGGGCCGGGAGUGGAGGAUGCAAUUAGGGGACUGGUGUCAUUUUGUAUCGAAUGGAAGGUGA